UUUACCACGGUUCAGAUUCACCGCAAAGACUUUUGGCUAAAGAGGCGAUCUUGUGAAUUUGGUCCUGCUUAUGCCACAGGCCCUUGAAUUCGCAAAUAACUAUUGCUCUCUAGACACGAACAACCAACGCUUAUUCCAGAAUGACCCAUAAUGUCAAAGUGUGUGACAUCGACGACAGCGUUAAAGAAAAAUUGAAGGAGUUUCGCUUCCGCAAACCCAAGGACAAUGCUGCUCUCGUUUUGAAAGUUGACCGAGCAAAGCAAUGCAUUUGUGUGGAUGAAUUGUUUGAGGACAUCAGCGUGGAUGAUUUGCGCGAAUCUCUUCCCUCGCACCAGCCACGGUAUGUCAUCUACAGUUACAAAAUGGAGCAUAACGACGGACGAAUUUCCUACCCCAUGUGUUUCAUCUACAUUACGCCAAGAGACAGCCAGAUAGAACUGCAAAUCAUGUAUGCAGGGACCAAAAUGGCUCUUCAGCGAGAGGCUGACCUCACCAGAGUCUACGAAGUGAGGGAACUUGAGGAGCUGACGGAGGAAUGGCUCCGUGAGAAGCUGAGCAAGUAACUGAACUUCCUCCAAACUACUCUACUCGCCAUGUGACACAAUUGUUUUUGAUGUUAAAAUUUACAUAGAUGUCAAAAGAAGGCCGGAGGCACUUCUGAAAGUAAUCCAAGUAAUUAUGUGUGUUUAACAAGACAAGUGAUUUGCAAUAUUCACAAACCGAUCUUUAUCCAGUCAUAUUUUGAUGAAAAAAGUAGAUGUACAACUAAAUAUUUUUGUACCAAUUGACCAUUUGCUUUUGUGUGCUGAAUAUUUUUGGCACAAUUAUUUGUUGCUUUGGUUUGCGAAAUGUUGUUAACUUAUUUAAAAUUGAUUUUAGAUUAAGUACAAAAUAAUAAUUACUACCCCUAAGGUGAUGAAUACUUAUUUUCUCAUUCAAAUUCAUCCCAAAUGAAUUUGGCUGUGCAUUUAUGAAUGCAAUAAAAGUGCAAAUGGUCAAUUUAAGCUUCCUAUUCACCAAUCAUGACUCAACAUUGUAAUGUCACUAGAUUUAACAUUAUACUUUUACUGCCCGUUACCAGUCUUGGGCCAUAUUUGAUUUUUUUUGUCUGAAGAAAUGUAUUCCUGUUUACGUUGAAACAAAAUGUAAGAGUCUUAUUGUCUUUUAUAAAGCUAUAAUAUAAACACAAUUUUCAAAUAGCAAUUU